GCCGGCCCGCCGGUGUUGCUAGUACCUCCCUCGCAAAGUGCUGGCCCGCUGCAGCGAUUCACAGCACAUCUACAGACUCCGCGAGCCGCUGUGCUGCCGUCCCAGACGCGGGCCGACUGGCGUUCCCACUUUUGCGCCGGCGCAUGUGGCUCCGAAGCCGAUGCCGCUGUGUCUGAGAAGUCGACUUCCAUCCGCUCUGCUAUUAUAGUACAGCUACAGCGCCCGGAUACAGCUCGUUUUGCGCGCCCAGAGAUCUUUCUC